AAAGAAAAAUAAAUUAACAAGGGAAAAAUAAAUCUAAUCCCGACAAUGGCGAUUUCUCUCGUAAUCGAUCCUUCCAGAGCUCCUUGCUUCUCCUUCUCUUCUUCUCCCUCUCCAUCUUCAUCUUCAUCUCUCACCGGAAAAUCGAGAACCUUACCCUUACGAAACCUCCUCUUCCAUUGCAGACCUUCUUCAUCUCCAUUCAAUUCGAAACCCAACCAAGGAUUCCCACUCUUUUAUCUAUCUCCAGUAGCCGUGAACAGUCGCACCAGCUACGUAGCAUUUCUCUCUGCUCACCAAGCUUCAUCUACUGAUAGUGGAGAACCGAAUUCGAAGCUCCCAACAGAUGUAAAAGCCCUAAUUAGAGCUUACAAACAAGCUAUCUCUAAUGGAGACGAAACCACCGUUUCUGAAAUCGAAACGAUAUUUUGCGGAAUCGAGAAGGAAAAGAACAGAUUCGACAAUAAGGUUUUAUCUUUAUCAAUGAAGAUAGCUUCGGAGAAGGAGACGAAGAUCCGAUUGCAGGCUGAUUUUGAUAACACAAGGAAAAAGCUUGACAAGGAUCGGCUUAGUACAGAGUCUAACGCAAAAGUGCAGAUCAUGACGAGCCUCUUACCACUCAUUGAUAGUUUUGAGAAAGCGAGGCAACAGAUUAAACCCGAUACCGAAAAGGAGAAGAAGAUCGAUACGAGUUAUCAAGGAAUUUACAGACAAUUCGUUGAGGUGUUGAGACAUCUUCGUGUUAAAGCCAUUGCAACUGUUGGGAAGCCCUUUGAUCCUUUGUUGCAUGAGGCUAUAUCGCGAGAAGAAUCUGAGGUGGUUAAAGCAGGGAUAAUAACCGAGGAGCUUAACCGGGGAUUUCUUCUAGGAGAUCGUGUUCUGAGACCAGCAAAGGUUAAAGUCUCUCUAGGAACCAUCAAGAAGAAAACUCCGUCAGCUGCUGAGGAGAUUACUCCUUCCCCUUGAGUCGAUGUUCAGUUAUUUAUCAACAUCUUGUGUCAGCUGCUGAGGAGAUUACUCCGUCAUUUUUUUUACCUAUCAAAGUUGAAAAAGAAACGCAGAUGAUGUCUGAACGAGGAAUUCUUUAGCAGCUGAGACUUGGUUAGUCAUUGAUUUGAUCCAAAUCUUCGGGUUCAUGUAGUAUGUUCAGACUUAGCAAAAGAUUUGGAAAACAUAUAUAUAUUUUUUGUUGACCUGAUUCAUAUUUUCACAUUGCA